AUGAUGAAGGGAACUUGGUCACUUGGAAAGCGUCCUAAUAAGAGGCACACGUUGUCCCACUGCUGUGGCUCUAAAUUCCGCCAUCUUCAGAAGUUGACCCGUGGCAAAUGUGGCUACCCUGACAAGUGCAAGAGAAAGUAUAACUGGAGUGUGAAGGCUAACAGAUGAACUAGGACUGCUGGUCAAACGGGACACCUAAAAAUCAUAAACCACAGAUUCAGGCACGGAUUCUGUGAAGAACCAACUCCUAAGCCCAAGAGGACAGUGGCUACAGCCUCCAGUUCAUCUUGA